AUGCCCUUCCACCCACCAUCAUGGAGCCCUCCGAUGCCCGAGAUCAACGAGAGCAUCUCGAUCGAACGCUUCAUGACCGACGAGAACUAUGACCGGCAUCCGAUCGGCUACAGCAACCCGCCCUUCACCUGCGGCAUGACUGGGAAAUCCUACAGCGCGUUCGAGGUGAAAGAGCGGGUUGAGCACCUUUCUCGCGCCUUGACGGACGAGCUCGGCAUGAAGCCGAAUGAAGGCAGCGAGUGGGACAAGGUUGUCGGGGUCUUCAGCAACAACACGAUUGAUUACUUGACGGUAGCGUGGGCAAUUCACCGCAUUGGUGGGAUCUGCACGGCGGUGAAUGCGGCAUACAACGAGCACGAGCUGGAGUUCCAGAUGAAGCACUCAGGAUGCAAAGCCAUCUUUACCUGCUUGCCGUUGCUGCAGACAUGCUUCAAGGGCAUCGAGAACACGGGAAUCGACAAGAAGAAUGUCUACAUCCUCCCCAUGCCCGAACAGGCGACGCCGGGCAUGAAGAAUCCCGGACAGAAGACCGUCGACGACCUCAUCCAAGCAGGCUCGAAGCUACCCAAGCAACCUGCAGACGACGAGAAAUGGAGCAAAGGCGAGGGCGCACGCCGUACAGCUUUCCUAUGUUACUCUUCCGGCACGAGCGGGUUGCCCAAGGGUGUGAUGAUAUCGCACACAAACGUGAUAGCCAACACGCUCCAGCUGGUGGCCCACGAAUCGCCCUCACGAGAAGACUUCAUGAAGCGCCAUAUGCUGCAAUCGCACACGGAAAACUGUCUUGGGCUGCUCCCGAUGAGUCACAUUUACGGACUCAUCGUCAUUUCUCAUCUUGGUCCAUACCGCGGCGACGGCGUGAUCGUGCUGCCGAAGUACGACUUCAAGCAGCUGUUGCAGGUAAUUCAGGAUUACAAGAUCGCCAUGCUGUACCUUGUCCCGCCGAUGAUCAUCCAUAUGACCAAGGCUAAGGAGACGGUGAAGCAGUACGAUCUUUCUUCCGUCCAUGGUAUUUUCACUGGUGCCGCGCCUUUAGGACGCGAGACAGCGGAAGAGUUGUCAGAGAUGCUGCCCAAGGUGGCCGUCAGGCAAGGAUACGGUCUGACUGAGACCGCGACUGUGGUCUGCUCCACACCGCCUGACGACGUCUGGUUUGGUUCCUCCGGUCCCAUCUUACCCGGCUACACCGUCCGAGUCAUCACCGUGGAAGGCAACGAGAUCACUGGGUAUCAACAGCCAGGUGAGCUGGUUGUGAAGAGCCCUAGCGUUGCCUUGGGCUACCUCAACAACGACAAGGCCAAUAUGGAGACCUUUGUCGAUCUGGACGACGGACGAUACAUGCGGACCGGUGAUGAGGCGAUGAUCGACAAGUCGUCCAAUGGCCACGAGCACAUCUUCAUUACUGACCGCAUCAAGGAAUUGAUCAAAGUAAAAGGCAUGCAAGUCGCCCCCGCCGAACUCGAAGCCCACCUCCUCACGCACCCCUCCGUCAACGACUGCGUCGUCAUCGGCAUCCCCUCGGACCGCGAAGGCGAGGUCCCCAAGGCCUUUGUCGUCAAGAACCCCGGCGCCAUUGAAGACUCGGAUCGUAUCGUGAAGAGGGAGAUUGCGAGGCAUGUGGAGAAGCAUAAGAGUAAUCAUAAGUGGUUGAGGGGUGGGGUGGAGUUUAUUGAUGUCGUGCCCAAGAGUCCGAGUGGGAAGAUCUUGAGGCGGAUGUUGAGGGACAAGGAGAAGGAGAAGAUGCGGAAGGAGGGAGCGAAGUUGUAG